AUUGGAAGAGAUGGAAUUGUUCCUUGCACUGUUAGACAAGUUGGUUCCAAACAGGUUUCUUGGAUCCGUAAGCGGGAUGCCGCAAUUCUCUCAGUCGGAAAGUUCGUCUUCUCUUCUGAAAGUCGGAUAACUGUAGAUGUACACUCAACCAUGGACACGUGGAAUCUUAUUAUUAGACAAGCUGAGCUACAGGACUCUGGAGUGUAUGAAUGCCAGAUCAGUGACAGCCCUAAACUGAGCAAGUUGGUUUACCUACAUGUUAAAGUACCUGAACUGCGUAUAGCAGGAGAGAAAGAGGUGUAUGCUAAAGCCGGCAGUACAGUACAGUUGAAAUGUUAUGUACAGAGUACAGCAACAUCACACUGGACUAUUCAAUGGUUUUACAGAGGCAAAGGAGAGGAGAAUUUCUCAGCUAAUUCCAACAUGGGUUCAAACAAAGGAACCUGGACAUUGAACUCCGUAAGUGAAUCUGAUGCAGGAGAUUAUAUGUGUACUGCUACCAGACUAAAACCGGUUUAUAUCCAGCUCGUCAUAUUGCCAGGAGAAAGGUUUGCUGAAGCAAUGGUUCGUGAAGGAAAUACAAACUCUGGAGUUUCAAGUUUAGAUAAUAUAUCCAUCUUUUUUCCUUCACAUAUUAUAAUUGUAAUUUUAACAUGCAUGAACAUGAUUUAAAAACUAGAAUUUUAAC